CGUCACUUUAUGUGGCCUGUGAAACACAGAAAACGCUUCACCUGAGCCAGCUGUGGUAAGAAACACCUGGCUCGGAUUACAGCAGUGGUGAGAGAGACAGAGGGGCUGGACUGUGAGCCAAAAUAACUCCGCUCAGCGCGCAGCUAUGACUUAAUGUCUGGAGCCGCUGGAGAGAAACGCAGAGCAAGCAACCAAACUUCAGGAAGACAAGAAACUUUGAAGAGGGCUCGACUUUGCUCUCGGAUUUGAGACAGAAAAACAAAAAGGCUCUUGUCUUUAGAGGAGCCGAAAGCUGCUACCUCACAGCCAUGAGUUAUCAGGCCAGCUUCGGCAGCAGCAUGCUGUUCGAGAGUAUAAACGAUGACCUGAAUGCAUCGCUGGCCACUGCAGAUGAGUUAUCCAGAGAGUUCAGCUCCAUGCUGAAUGAGGCCUCCUCCUCCUCCAACAACAACAACGAAACAAAUUCUGGGUCUCAGGACAGCCCUACAAUCUACAGAGAGAAGCCUCAGUCCUAUGGGCUGUCCGACACCUCCAUCACUACGAGGGAGUCAAGUAGCAGCAGCAAUAACAACUCUCAGUGUUUCUCCCCUGUCUCAACAACUUUUGUUUCCACGGACGCCAAAAUCUCCAGGACUAAAAAUGCACCCUCCCCUGUUUCCAGCCCACUGUCAUCCCCCCUGAGCAACCGCAGGACACACUCUCCUCUUCCUCGAGCUGGAUCUGACAGCUACUUCUAUGGGCAACAUAGCCCGUCGCCUCACUCCCCGAGACAUAAGUCCCCUUCUAGGUAUGACAGGAGCCCACGUGGCUCAGUAAGUUACAUGGACAGAAGCCCUUCUCCAAACCCCACAGCUAUCUCUUUUGACCAGCCUCGCGCUGGCUCGAUCCACUCCUCCUCAAAUUUACUGAGCCCUUUUGACAGCAGCCAGUCGGGCCGCAGAUCACCUCGGCUUGACAGAAAUCCCUCUCCUUUGUCCUUCAAUCAUCCGAUGUCCAACACGCUCCCGAAAAACUUCGGUGGUUUCAGGCAACCUGAUGAGAGUGUGCAGCGGCAAAAGAGUCCUGGCAAGUGGAAUGAAACAGAUCUGGACGUGUCCUACGAGAGAAAGCCUCACCAUAAUUACGACAAGACAGAGUGGCUGCGGCCGUCUGUGCCAAAUAGCAGCUGGAGAGAAUCCAACCUCGAUGGCCCUCCUCCUGCACCAAGCCCCAAAAAGGAUCAUCGCUCUAGUUCGUACCAGUUUCCCCAGAAUUCUCUCCCUCGCAAUGCACGCGUGUCGGUGCCUCCAGAAGUUUCAUCCCCGGUCCACUCCCCUUACCACGUUCAACCAAUCAUCUCCCGUAUUUCUAUUCCCCCAACCACUCCUCCGUCCCGUCAGCACAAGCCCAUCCCUCUCUCUGUCAUCAUGCGUCUCCAAAACCCUCACUGGGGAGGGGAAGGCCAUAUGCCACUUUACCAACCAGCUAUACCAAUGCCGAGGGAGUUCUUUGACCAACCUGUGUUCCAGCCUCUGCAACUCCCACCUGAGCUGAGACAGCCAGCGAUAUACAGUGAUGUGCUGAACCCGGGGGAUAUAGAUGCAGAGUUAGAGCGGCUGGACCUUGUUCAUCACAUGCCUGUGAUUCGGGAGCAUCCCAGCAGUCCAGAGGGAAACAGGGAGGCUGAGCAGGGCGAACCCAGAGCUCCCCGGCCCCUCAGCCCUACCAGGCUACAGCCAGUGGUGGCUCCUGAGGCCCAGAGCCAGGAGAUUCCUGACCUAGAGGUGCUGCUCCGGCUCCGGGCAGAAAUACCUCGGGCCCUGAAGAGACGGGGCUCCGUGGACCACUCACAGCCCCUGAAGAAGGCCUCACAAUACCAGCCAAACCAGUACAAACAUCUCAUCAACAAGCUUUUUCACAGGAAGGACCGUCGCCAGAAGGGGGAGCAAGGUAGCGAGACCAGCAGCUCCUCAGAAGGAGAGGAGAGCGCUAUGCCUCCUGCUCGCUUACCUCAGACAUCUACAAUGAUUCCCCACGACUUCAGAAGCUACCAUUCCAUUCUGCGGCAGUCCAAACAAAAAAGUUCUGGGAGGCGAGCUCGUCUCAGUCCUCUCGUCCUGCUGCUGGACGGAUCGUUGGUUGGAGAACUGGAGACGGUACAGAGAGCCGUGCAGGAGGUAUGUAUGAACGACCCCAGCCAACCAAACGAUGAAGGCAUCACUGCCCUCCACAAUGCCAUCUGUGGAGGCCACUACAAUGUUGUGGAUUUCCUGGUUCGCAUUGGAGCCAAUGUCAGUGCACCAGACAGCCAUGGCUGGACUCCGCUGCAUUGUGCAGCCUCUUGCAACGACCGUCCUCUGUGUGAGUUUUUGGUGAGGAAUGGAGCCGCUGUCAACGCCAUGACACAGAGCGAUGGCGCCACUGCCUCCCAGAAGUGUGAUCCUUAUGCUGUUGGGUUUGAGGAGUGUGAGAGCUUCCUACGGGGUGUGGAGGAGGCCAUGGGGGUGGAUAACAGUGGGGUGCUGUACGCUCUGUGGAGCUACCCAGCUCAGGCACCCGACGAGCUGAGCUUCAAAGAAGGAGACAUGGUUACUAUCCUGCAGAAACCUGAAGGGUCAGACUGGUGGUGGGCCUCACUCUGUGGCAGAGAGGGCUUUGUUCCAAACAACUACUUUGGGCUUUUCCCAAAGGUUCGUCCAAAAUCUCUCUGCUAAGUGGUCUCUUGAUGACCAACCUGGUGUGGAGGACCAUCUCAAAAACUGUGCUUCGCAGAUUUACACUGUCGUCUGUGUCUGUGUGUGAUUAUGAAAAGCCUGUAUCGCUGUGGGAAGUGAGAAAUGUUUUCGAUCUGUCAGUCAAGGAGAGUUGAAGGAGAAAGUCUCAGUAUUCAUUUUGCCAUACUGACAAGGAUAAAUCUUUUUAGGAGUCGUUAUUUGUACAGUAUGUGCUGUGGGGUAUUUUUUAAAGCAACAAUUGCUACUUUUCUGUCGAGUUAUUUCUGCCUAUCCAAAGGUCACGGAGGGGCCGUAUCCCCUGCUGUUUCGCUCAGCUGUGUUCCAGUCAGAAGUUGACAUUUCUGACUCAUUGGCCGGUGAGUAAUCAGAACGCAAACAGUGACUGUUGGCGUUCAGUCCACUCAUCGGCAAGGUCAACGGAGCUGUAGGCUGGCAAAAAAUAUGACCCGUGAUUACUCAAUUUAGAAAUGGGCCGCUUCGAUCAGAGCAAAAUCAAUCUGUUCAUUACUGGAACAGAGUCGUGUGCUGCUACUUUAAAGCAGAGAAAUCCUUUUUUUGACCACUGCUGAUAGAGACUUAUGGGGAUUAGUAAAGUAAUCGAUUUUGUUCUUCCUCUUUUAACCACAUUCAUCAUUUCACUAGCCAAAUUUUAGCCAAAAAUGAAUGUUUUCCUACCAUUGUGGCUGUAGACUUUACAUAUUUCUAAAUUAAUCUUGUUUGUAGGAGAACACGUGUUUUUCACUGACAAUGAAACUGGUCUUUUUGCGGACGUGUGUGUGUAUUCACAGUAAUGGAAUGAAUGUUUGGUGAUGAGCUUGUUUUGUGUUUUUUUAUGUUCUCAGUUUUUAUAGUGUUAACACUUUUGUUGCUAGGGACUGCUGUGCAUUUAACCUGUAUCCCGUCUAAGGGGUUCACACAGUGACCAAAUAUUCAAUAAAAAAAAAACAUGAGUAACA